CGGACUUCCAUACCAGUUUCUAGGACCCCGAGACGCUGCGGGAUAGAUGGCGUACCACAAUUGUGAGAAGCUGAAGCUGAUCGCCGUCACCGGUCCUACUGGGGCGGGGAAGUCGACGUUCAUCAACAAUGUCUGCGGCUCAAACUUAGAAGUAGGAAGAGGCCUACGGUCAUGCACCAAGGAUAUCGACGUGGCAUAUCGCAUGAUGGGCGAUACAAAGGUCGUGCUCAUCGACACUCCCGGUUUCGACGAUACAACAAAGUCUCAGGCGGACGUUUUGGAAGACAUCGGCCAGUUCCUGAAGAAGACAUACGAAGACGGGGUGAAAGUCUCCGGAGUCAUCUACAUGCACCGAAUUUCUGAUCGUCGCGUCGGGGGUAUUGCUCGAGAAAACUUCAGGCUCUUCACCAAGAUUUGUGGGCCGGACGCGCUACGAAACGUCUUCAUCGUAACUACGAUGUGGAAUGAAGUGGCCGAGGCAGUAGGGCGCGCUCGAGAGGAGGAGCUGGUGACGAAGCCUAUCUUUUACCAGUCGGCCGUGGAACGGGGCGCGAGGAUGGUCCGGUGUCACAACAACGCAGACUCAGCCCGUUCGAUCGCCCUUGCGCUCAUUGAGCAUGCCGCGCGGAGACUUCAGAUGCAGUACGAGCUUGUGGACGAGAGGAAGCAGGUGCCGGAGACUGAAGCGGGCUCAGACUUAUCCGAGUUACUCAAGGAACAGGAGACGAGACAUCAGAGAGAGAUGCAGGCGCUUAGAGACGAGAUGGCGGAGGCACAUCGCACGGAGACUCCGCAGCUCAGACAGGAGCUAAAGAGGAUCAAUGACGAGCUACAGCGGAUCCAAAGGGAAUUGAAGAAACUGCAGGGAGAGAGCAGCAUCCGUCGCUUCCUACGAGUAGGAUUUCGCGUAGCUGGCGGGUAUCGGGUACUGCUUUGCUGGAAGGUAUACGGUAUGUUGAAGUCGGAGUGA